GUGACGUUUCUAAAGCAUGCUACGAAAUUGCCAUGGAAAUUGAACUACCCAACACAUAGAAGAUCAUGAACAGAACUUCCAAUUCUGAUGACCCUUCAGAUGCCUCAAACGCAUAUGCAUAUUUCUCCAUUGGAUUGUCUCUUGGCUUCCUCCUCCUGAUGAUGUUCAUAGUUCUCACUACAUACUAUUGUAGCCAAAGAAAUCUUCGAAACAGCCAAUCUAGAGCCAGAGCCACUGCUAGCAGUUUCAGCAGUUCUCAUAGGACAGUGGUCAUGGAUAGUGAUCAUAGAGCUAUCACUAUACAAGUUGGUGAGGAAGAACUUGAUGCCAUCCUCAACAAUUACCCCAUGUUGUUGUUCUCUCAAGCCAAGCUUCAUAAGCCUGAUUCAACACCACUAGGCUGCUCAAUAUGCUUAGCAGAUUACAAGGAUUCGGAGUGGUUGCGCCUCUUACCCGAUUGUGGUCAUUUUUUUCACAAGGAAUGCAUUGACAUGUGGUUGAGGCUUAACCUCACAUGUCCGAUGUGUCGAAAUUCACCAUUCCAAACUCCUCUUCCAACUCCCCUUGCUGAAGUUACUCCCCUGGCAACAAGACGUGAUUGAGUAGCACAAUGUGGAGUUCUUAAGUUUUACAAGGCAAUAGGGUAGAAUAAGAUGGAAUGCGAAUCUUGUCCAUGAAACUGUUUAAUGUGAUUUGAGUCUUGUAUGGUUAAGUUAGAACAUGAACACAACAUUGUCCUAAAGUUGUUAUUUGUUAGCAUUGAUUAGUUGCAAAAGGAUACAAAGAAUAUACUG